GCAGACAGGAUGUGGUGUGACACCAGGGCGCUUGUCGGCUGUCAGAACAGGGAGUCCCAUUGUCUGAGAUGCUUGGAGAAGAAAACAAGAGAAAACAGGAGGAGUAGAAGAUAGAGAGAGACAGAAAGAAAGAGAGCGGUGACGGGAAUUUCUAUCCAACUGACUCAUCUGAAAGAGAAAACAAAGUCCAGAUUUAAAGACAGAGGGGGGAGAGAGAGGGUUAGAAAGAGAAGAGGGGAGAGAGAGGGUGGUUUGAGAUUGGCUUUGAUGGAGGUUGACCGAGGUGGGGGGGGCGAGGGAGCAGAGGAACGAGGGAUGGAGAGAGGGGACAGCGAGGAGGAAGAAGUGAUACAAAUGGUGAUUGAAGAGAACAGAGAGGAGAAGUGGGAUGGAGGGAGUGAGGGACUCACAGAACAGAGGGGGGAAGGAUAUGAGUUUGAAAUGCUGGGUCUCUCUCCUGGAUCUGCUCAGACUGGUCAGACUGGUUUUACUGGGAGCUUAAGAGGGAGAAGACUGGGAGCCUGCCAAGAGCCUGGGAAACAACUCUUGGGAGUGAAGCGAGAGGGAGAGGGAGAGAGAGGGAGAAUUUCAUUGCACCCCAGAGAGAGAUGCCUGCAGCUUCUCAAGGGAAAAGGGAAAGAGGGACAUGGAGAGAGAGGAAGGGGAGGGAGCACUAAGGGAGAGGGAGAGAGGGGACUAGAUGUUGAAAGAGGUGCAGUGGCAGGGAGCUCUUCUGUCAGCUCGAGUCAGAAAGCCGCACCCCUCAAACUGGAGUGCAAGAGCCUUGCGCCUUCCCAUCAUGCACUGCUCCCAGAGCCGCCGCCAACCCCUCCCGCCGGAGACAGGAAGAGGAGGAGGAAGCUGUCAUGGCCCACCCAGUGCCUGCUUCCUGACGGCUCACAGAAUCGAUCCCAGACAUGCGCUUCUGACCUCGAAACAGCUGGAAAUCCUAUAAGGAAAGUGGGGAGUCUAAUUCGCACCUUAAUAGGAGGUGCAGCCAGACCCCACCUGUGUACCCCAAACCCUGGGGAUGACCCCUCCGCUAGCAGCAGCAAGAAGAAGAUUAGAGGUUCAGAGCAACUGCUGUCUGAGAUGAGAGCGAAUGGAGAGCAGGGAGAGAGGGUCAGAGACACAGCCGAGACAGAGUCCUCCUGCUCCUCCUCUGAGGGAGGGACAGACCCCGGGGACGCGGGAGACAAAAGGGAGGGUGGUGCCCAGCCUGUGAGGAAAGCCGCUCCCCUGGCGGAGUUCAUUCAACUGAUCGAUGAGACCGGAGGAUAUGCCAGCGCCAAGCUGGUGCCCUGUGAGGACAGAGAGGAGGAGCAGAAGCAGGAGGAGAGGGAGAGGGAUGCCGCCUUGGAGAUCCGUGAGGUGGUGAUCGACGACAAGCCGUUCCGCUGCUCCGCCUGCGAGAAGACCUUCAAACGUGCCUGGGAGCUGCUGAGCCACGAGGUGGUGCACAACUCGGAGCGACCUUUCCGCUGCCACGCCUGCCCCGCCCGCUUCAAGCGCCACUCCGACUACAAGAGCCACCGCAUGGUGCACACGGAGCUGCGGCCCUUCGGCUGUGAGUCCUGUGGCAAGACCUUCAAGCGCUCCUCCAACCUGCAGGAGCACCGGCGAAGCCAUUCGGGCGCGCGCCCUCACCCCUGCCCCCGCUGCGCUAAGAGCUUCAAGACCCCAUACGAGCUGCAGCGCCACGGCCUGGUCCACGCCACCGACAAGCCCUGCCAGUGUGAGGACUGCGGCAAGGGCUUCCCCACCGCCGCCACCCUCCUGGCGCACCGGCGUCAGCACUGUGAUGACAAGCCACACGCCUGCCCGGUCUGCGGGAAGAGGUUUGCGUACGGACACAGCCUCAAGGUCCACGAGCGCGUGCACACGGACCAGCGGCCCUUCGUGUGCCCGCUGUGCGGGAAAGGCUUCAAGCAGAGCAAUGCGCUGGCCAGCCACGAGCGUGUCCACACCGGUGCCCGGCCCUACGCCUGCCCCACCUGCGGGAAAGCCUUCAAGCAGAGCUCCUACCUGGCCAUCCACCAGCGCGCCCACACAGGGGAGCGCCCCUACCGCUGCCAGCUGUGCGACAAGGCAUUCGCGCGGCCCUCGCUGCUCCUGCAGCACCGCCGGGUACACAGCCCCGCCCGCCCCUACCAGUGCGGGGCCUGCGGCAAGGCCUUCAAGGACUGCCAGUACCUGCGGCUGCACGAGAAGGUGCACACGGGACAGACGCCCUACAAGUGCCAGGCCUGCGGGAAGGGGUUCGCUCAUCCCUCCAACCUGCUCCAGCACCAGAGAGUGCACCGGGACAGAGGAGGAGCAGAGGAGAGGGGGGUGAGAGACACAGACACUGUGCUGUAUCAAUGAGGAGAGGGGGAGAGACACAGUCACUGCUGUAUCAAUGAGAGAGAGAGGAGGAGAGGGGGAGAGACACAAACACUGCCUGUAUCAAUGAGGAGAAAGAGGAGAGGGGGAGAGACACAGACACUGUGCUGUAUCAAUGAGGAGAGAGAGGAGGAGAGACACAG